CGCAAGAUUGUUUUAUAACCACUCAUGUCAAUUUCACGCAUCGACAUUUUAAAUUUGAAGUCAUACAUAAUUCUUCAACGGGACGCACUGUUUAAUGAGAUAAAUGACCGCAAAAGUAGACAACAAUAAAUUUUGCGCACACCUUCACCGUGCUUCACGCAUCGAAGAGAAUUCUUAAUUCAUCAUUUUUUGAGCAACCGAAAAAGACUAUCGCAUCGCUGUGUAGAUUGAAAAUAAUUAACUAUCGCGAAUUGGAUCUUAUCUUUUUUGGGUUAAUUCGCACGUUUCCGCGUCUACUAUCGUUCAACGUUUUCGUAUAUAACGAUCAAUUUUUGCCAAAUCAGUUCAUACAGAGUUCAGUUCUUCACUUGUUCACUUAUCUCUAGCUCAUCGAAGAGUAUCACAAAAUGAAGUGCGUUGCAGCAGUAGUCAUCAUGGUCAUUUCCGCUGUCGCGGAUGCUUCUUACGUCCCAUCGAUUUACGCCCAUCAUGGACAUGGUUAUGCUGGAACUCCCGUAGUGUCCUACGCCAAUUAUCAUGAUCUAUCCUACAUCCAGCCAAAUCAUCAUCACGCCUGGGCUCAUCACGGCUAUGCGCCCGUCUCUGUUCACAGCUCGUAUGUCCACCAUGCCCCAGCUUCCGUCGCAGUCUACGAUAGCCACUGGGAUCAUCGCCAUGUUCACGCUGCUCCAGUUGUUCCUCACCACGGUGGUGCUACGUACGUCGCUGCCAAUCCCGGAGCUGUGCACAAGGCCCCUCUCCCAGGACAUGUCGUUAACCAAAAAUCCCUGAACUUGGCUCCAGCUGCCGGCACUUGGUGAUCAUUGGAAAUGACGGCUUCCACUUAGAACAUAAUGUGAUAAAUUCUUCCAACCGCUUGUAAAGUUCCAAAAGUGAUCAAUAUAUAAAUUUUAAAUUGCAUUAACCGUGUUAAAUCCACAUCUCUGAAGAUAAUUGACCUCAAUGAAGAACAUUUCAUAUAUGAUAUGAAUUACAAUAAAUCAAAUGGAUGC